CUGUCUGUCGCAUCCUCUUAUACCGACUGAGCUUCCUGUCUGAACAGUCUGAAUUUUCAAUUUGUUAUAAUAUACAUAUAUUCAAUUGAUAAUGCUUUUUAAAGAAUAAUACUUGCGUUAAUGUGUUCGCAUAGAAGGCUAAUAUAAAGAUAUAUUUGAAAAUAAGAAAUUAAUACUGCGUCGGUAAAACAGAUUCCAGGAAUCUUCGAACACUCGAUCAAAUCUGCAAUUACCUUCAGUACAAUUGCAACUGAUCGAUAAUGUCAGAGCUCUUCAAUUAUCCCCAGGCAUCAAGGAAGGUCACACCACUCCCGUACGCGGUUCUCUAUGUUUAUAAUAUUUUUAGUCUCUCGUCGAUAUUACGAGAUUGUGUACACAGUUUGACGUUUGCAUCUGACAUGUGUGGAGAGUCAGAUUGAAAAGUUAAUAAACAUUCGCUUAACGCAAUGGUGCAAGACGCAAAGAGAUCGAAGAAAAAAAGCGCACAAAAGGAAAAUAAGAUUCAAGAGGAGAACAAGGCGGAAAAGCCAAUCAAGUCCGCCGAGUUAAAAUAUGGACCCCUUGUAACUUUUCCAUAUCAAAGAGUAUGGUCCAGAUGCGUUCUGAUACUCGGAGUACUGUUAAUAGUUUGGUAUAACACUAGGCAAGGCAAGGAAGUGUCCUUAGCGAAGCAGAGAGAUGUACUGGUAAGUCGUACGCAGAAUGUUGACUGCUCUGUGGAUUAUAAGGACGAGUUAGAGAAAUAUCCAGGCUGUGCACCGGAAACGUGUGGCAGAGUCGUUACUGACAAGCUGGCCUCAACGACAGAGGUAGACGUUUUACUAAAACUAGCGAGAAGUGGAUUAGAUUUGGGUGGACACGAUGGCAGCGCAAGUAUCUUGGAUCUCCAUUCGGGUGCUCUUAGCAAGGGUCAAGGAUUUAUCAAUGUCUUUAAGCAGCCAGAGGCAAAGAAGAUAUUUAACAGCGUAGAUCUAGCAAUUUACAAAGUAGUCAAAAUGAAAAUACAGCACGCAGUAGCGCACAACUUUGGCGUAGACGUAAAUAAGAUCUACCUGACGAAACCAACGUUCUUCUCACGACUGACCAACAAGUUGCCAAAGAGCGUACAUGAUGAAUACUGGCAUCCACAUAUCGAUAAGGAGACGUACGAAUCGUUUCAUUAUACCACUUUAUUGUACCUGAAUGAUUACGAUAAGGAUUUCGAAGGUGGCCGAUUUAUAUUUAUCAAUAAGAAUAACGUAAACACGACACUAGAACCGAGGAAAGGGAGAGUAUCAAUCUUUACCUCGGGCAGCGAAAAUCUACAUCUAGUCGAGAAAGUAACAUCUGGCACCCGUUACGCUUUGACCGUGUCCUUCACGUGCGAUCAAGGUGCUGCGAUAUCCGAUCCGCAUUUUACCGAUACAUCGAGUUAAAAUGAUAUUUCUUCUACUGUGUUAUUCGUGUCAUUUAUGCUGUCUUUAUCAACAUUAAUCGUAAACAUUUCCAUUAUGCAUUUACGUGAAGUCAUUUUUUACAAACAUAAAGCAACGAUAGCUUAUUAUAUAUAUAAUGUUAAAUUUGUGUAUCGAACAGUAUUGUAACGGCGCGUAUCAAGAAGGAAUAAACGAUUGUUAUUAUUAUCAU